AUGGUUGUUGACGAAAGUGGCACAAGUGCGCAUGGUAUUACGCUAACGGAAAGAGCAUUAAGUUUUCUAUGCGCAAUGAUUUCUGGAUUGUUUUAUGGAACGAUGUGGAUUCCGAUCAGCUACAUGAGGAGUCAUCCACAUGAGUAUCCCAAUGCUCCAGCAGACAGUAUUUCGUAUCUGUUCUCAUUCUACUGUGGCGUGCUUUGCACUGCCGUGUGCAUCUUUAUCGUCUACUCCCUAAUAAUGCGAAAUAAGCCGUGGAUUAAUCCAAGCGGAGCUGUUCCCACAAUACUGGGUGGCAUCAUAUUUUCCAUUGGAAUGAGCGCAUUCGUUACAGCUAUCGAUAACUUGGAACAAGCAAUUGCAUAUCCAAUCUGCACAAUGGCUCCAGGCCUGGUUGUAACGAGCUGGAGCAUUUUUUACUUUAAAGAGAUCACAGGUCGACGAAAUUUGACCUGGUUAGCGGUUGCCUACGGCCUUACACUGGUUGGAGUGAUACUUGUCACUGUUUCAAAAGAAGUCUCCUUGUUUUGA